CUUCGGACCUCUUUAGAGUCCAGGGUUUUUUUUCACUCCGUCAUCCUCUUUCCUAAUUCCCUAGUCUAGCAUCAUCCCCAGCAUCGAUGUAAUCGACGUAAUCAAUUCUAGGAAUGUGAUCUUCAUCAUGUUUUGCAUUGCUUGUUUUAUAUCAUAGGAGACGUCAAGUCUGGUGGUUCUACAUAUCCCUACCUACUAGGUACCUACUUCGCAUAGACUCAUUAAUACAAGAAUGUCUUCGCUAGAAACAGACAGCGCUCCGAUGGCUCGACAACUUCCCCCCAAUCUCGUUACUCACUUUACCCAAGCUCUCAAGAGCUACCAGGUAUCCAAUGCGACUUUCCAUGUCCUAUGCUCCUUAACGCCCUCCGUAUCCUCUUCGCCUCUGGCAAUACCGGCCCCCCAAACGCCUAAGGUCCUCCCAAAAAGGCUCCUAGUCCUCGAUUCCUCCUUCAACCCCCCGACUCUCGCUCAUCAACAAAUGGCACUAUCCGCAUUCUCUGAGUAUAGGCAAGCCGGUGGUGAUAAUAGCAAUGAUGAUGAUGAUGAUAAUAAGUCACGCGUCUUACUACUACUCGCGAUCAACAACGCGGACAAGGCGCCAAAGCCCGCCAUCUUCCCACAGCGGCUCUCGAUGAUGUACCUCUUCGCCCAAGAUCUCCUAGCCUCCACCACUGCUACUAAAGCAACAUAUAGCGAGGGUGAUUGCGAGGGAGUUGACAUCGCAGUUACAACAGAGCCGUACUUCCACGCGAAAAGCAGCGCUGUCUCCUCGUCCGACUUUUACAGGGGACCGAAGCCGGUAGAGCAAGUCUACCUCACGGGCUUCGAUACCCUGAUCCGCAUCUUCGAUCCGAAGUACUACCCCGACAACUCCAUGGCCCAGGUCCUAGACCCCUUCUUCGCACACGCGCAACUCCGCGUCUCGAUGCGUACGGAUGCGGAGUGGGGCGAUUCGGCGGCGCAGUUAGCGUAUCUGGAGGGGUUGAGAUUGGGCGGACUAGAUAAAGUCGGCGGAAAGAUGGGCUGGGUGAAUAGGAUACUGAUGGUUGAGGGACGUAAGGACGGCGAGGAGGUUAUAAGUAGCACGAAAGUACGCGCGGCUGUGUUGGCGCGGGAUUGGGAUGCGCUGAAGAAGUUGGUUAGUGAGGAAGUGACAAAUUGGAUUCGACGCGAGGGGCUGUACGCUGAGGUUGGUGCGUGAAGGCGACGAUUAUGAGAACGAAUCAAACAUACGAUCUUUGCUUACCUAGCCUUAGAGUCGAAUGAGUUUGACCGGGGUUCGUUUCGGUAUUGCACGACCGACCUAGGUGGUUGGUACUCGAUAUCAAGACCAACCUACUUACACAUCGAGACCCGGAAGAGGUAUGCCUACUAUAUACUAGGUACCUAGUAGCUACCUAGGUAGGUGUAGGUAGGCACUAAAAGGUCGAACUUUACCUCUAAGGUGUCAUAUCACGAGACUAGCAUUCGUCAACGUUGUCGUCGUAGAGGGGAUACGACAUGCCGCCUAGUGCGGGGUGGCCAGGCAGCAGAUUUUGAAGGGGGUCAAAUUUUGACCCAUAUACUAUACUUUGCUGUCGUAAUUCAAGUU